AAUAAGGAAGAGUAGAGUCACAUUUCAAGAUCAAAGAAAUGGUGAGUGUUGCCCAUUUUGGGAUUGCCUUUGUGUUCAUAUUAGGGUUUAGCAAUGCUCAAUUGGAGUUUAAUUUCUACAAAAAGACUUGUCCUCAGGCCGAGAAAAUCGUGCUCGAUUUCGUCAAUAAACACAUCCCAAAUGCCCCAACUCUCGCGGCUUCUCUUCUCAGAAUGCAUUUCCAUGACUGCUUUGUCCAAGGUUGCGACGGUUCUGUUCUAUUGAAUUUUACGAGUGCUUCGGGUAACCAAACCGAGAAACAAGCACCUCCAAAUCUAACACUUGGAGGUUUCAACAUCAUCGAUAGAAUUAAGAUUUUGUUGGAAGAUGAGUGUCCUGGAAUUGUUUCGUGUGCGGACGUCUUAGCAUUGGCUGCAAGGGACGCUGUUGUUGUCACGGGAGGUCCUUCAUGGAAAGUACCAACGGGUAGAAGAGAUGGGUCGAUCUCAAAUGCUGCGGAGGUCAUGCUUGAUAUCCCGUCUUUCUUUGACAACCUCACAACCUUACGAGCCGAUUUUAAUAGAAGAGGUCUCGAUGAUAAGGAUCUUGUGGUGCUUUCCGGUGCUCACACUAUUGGCAUAGCCCAUUGCUCAUCAUUCACUGAUAGAUUGUACAAUUUUACCGGAGUCGGGGAUCAAGAUCCGUCUUUGGAUAGUGAGUAUGCGGAAAAUCUGAAGGCAAGAAAGUGCAAGACAUCUAGUGACACCAACACAAUAGUCGAGAUGGAUCCAGGCAGUUUUAGAACAUUUGAUCUUAGUUACUAUAAACUUCUUAUGAAAAGAAGAGGUUUGUUUGUUUCCGAUGCUACUUUACUAACAAGCUCUUCAACUCGAGAUCAUAUAAUUAAAAUAUUGGAGGGAUCUCUAGACGAUUUCUUUCACGAAUUUGCAUUAUCCAUGGAGAAGAUGGGAAAAAUUGAAUUGAAGACGGGAACUCAAGGCGAGAUUAGAAAGAACUGUGCAUUUGUUAAUAGUUAAAUCAUGAUUAUUGCGAGAUUUGUUUGAAAAAUUACAAAUAAAAAACAUUCAAAUUGGAAAGAUUGUGGUUUGCCUAGGUAAUUCAUAAUUGCCUAUUUAAUUAUAUCUAUUGUUAAAAUAUUUACUGUUGUAUUCAAAAUGUUGUAUUUAUGUGAGAAUUUUUAUUUGAGAAUUUGUACCUCUUUUAAUUUAAAUCAAAGGUUGCUAUGUUUUCUUU